CAGUUCAUCAGGGAAAGCAGGAUCUCAGAAACGUUAAACAGGUGGUCACAAACACACAUCUGUAAACACCGACCAUGGAGAAAAGGUGAAAUCCUCGGCGAUUUUACUGCCCUAUAUUUAUUUUUACACUACCAAAGGAAAUAUACCUUAAAGGGCGACUUUACAGAGUUUAAAGUACCAGGCAUUUACUUCUGGAACUGGGGUUUUCGGAACAUAUUGGAGAGUAUGAAAGUGACAGUGUGUUUUGGAAGGACCCGGGUGGUGGUUCCGUGCGGGGAUGGGAAUAUUAAAGUACACAAUCUUAUUCAGCAAGCCGUCAUGAGAUACAAAAAAGCUAUCGCCAAGGAUCACGGCUACUGGUUACAAGUCCAUCGUUUGGAGCACAGUGACGGGGGCAUCUUGGAUCUUGAUGAUGUUCUGUGUGACGUGGCUGAUGACAAAGACCUGCUCGUGGCCGUGUACGAUGAACAGGAUCCUCAUCACGGUGGAGAUGGCACCAGUGCCAGCUCCACAGGUACUCAGAGUCCCGAGAUGUUUGGCAGCGAGCUCAGCUCCAGCAACAUGUCUGCCUUCCAGCCCUACCAGGUGACGAGUGAAAUCGAGGUCACUCCGUCAGCCCUCAGGACAAAUAUGCCGCUGCAUGUCCGGCGCAGCAGUGACCCAGCGCUUGUUGCCUUGUCCACAUCCCCUUUCAAUGAAACACAUUUCACAGUGGAAGAGCCUUCUCGCAAAAACCCUACCCGGUGGUCUACAACGGCAGGCUUUUCAAAACCAAAUACAGGGGCUGGGACUCAUAGCCUUGAAAGGAAGAGAGACGGUAUGGGGGCAUAUCGAAGUCUACCGAGAGAUUGUGGAAACUGGUCCAGCCAGUUUCAGAGGGAGAACACCCGUACUUCAUUAAGUGCCAAUCAUCCAAUGGUGGACAAGUGGCUGGAGAGGCAAGAACAAGAGGAGGAUGGGGGUACAGAGGAGGAGAAUGGUCGGAUUGAACCUGUGGGCCGUGCAGACUCCUGCCAGGAGCACACGCCAACAUUAUCUUUAGAUGACAUGGUAAAGCUGGUACAAGUCUCCAACGAUGGCGGGCCUUUGGGAAUCCAUGUAGUGCCUUUCAGUGCUCGGGGUGGAAGGACCCUGGGGUUAUUAGUGAAACGGCUGGAGAAAGGAGGCAAAGCUGAGCAGGAGAAUCUGUUCCAUGAGAAUGAUUGUGUCGUUCGGAUUAAUAACGGAGACCUGCGCAACAUCCGAUUUGAACAAGCGCAACAAAUGUUUCGGCAAGCCAUGCGUUCACCUGUCAUUUGGUUCCACGUGGUCCCCUCGGUGAAGAAGGAACAGUACGAACAGUUGUCUCAAAGCGAGAGAAACCCGGCCUCUUACCCUGGUCGCUUCAGCCCUGACUCCCAGGACAGCUUGGGGGGAAGUCUAAACGUGGGCCUGGACCGCACACCUCAGAGGAUGCCCAGGCCAGGGAACCAGAUGGAGCAGACAGAGUCCUACUCGCAGCUACCUCACAGUGUGAACUCCACAGGGAAACCCCCCUCAGGCCCAGGCCUGGGUCCAUCUCCACAGAGAGUGCAAAGCUCCACGCCAACCCCUGGGUUCAACACCAAAAAGAUAGGGAGGAGGUUCAACAUCCAGCUCAAGAAAGGUCCAGAAGGUCUAGGUUUUAGUAUCACAUCAAGAGAUGUUCCAAUUGGUGGUUCAGCCCCAAUAUAUGUGAAAAACAUCCUUCCGCGAGGAGCUGCAAUUCAAGAUGGCAGGCUGAAGGCGGGAGACAGGCUAUUGCAGGUGAAUGGCGUUGACCUCAGUGGGAAGACACAGGAGGAAGUGGUGGCCUUACUGAGGGGCACGACGAUGGGUGGCAUGGUCAGCCUGGCGGUCCUUCGGCAAGAGGAAACCUUCCUGCCCCGGGAGAUGAAUACUGAAUCAAGUCAGAUGCAGAGUCCCAGAGAAGUGAGGCGUGCAGUGAGGGAGCCGAUAUCUGCUGCUGGAGAGACUCAUUGGCUGAUUGAGAAAACAGAAGAUGAAGAUCUCGUUCUCACACCAGAUGGUACCCGGGAAUUCUUGACAUUUGAGAUCCCCCUGAGCGACUCUGGAUCUGCAGGCCUAGGGGUCAGUGUCAAAGGCAAUAGGUCAAAGGAGAACCAUGCAGACCUGGGCAUCUUUGUGAAGUCCAUUAUCAACGGAGGGGCUGCAUGCAAGGACGGCAGGCUUCGAGUAAAUGACCAGCUCAUAGCAGUGAAUGGGGAGUCGCUAUUGGGGAAGACCAAUCAGGAGGCCAUGGAAACACUGCGGAAGUCCAUGUCUGUCGAGGGCAACAAGAGAGGAAUGAUACAGCUGAUAGUUGCCAGACGAAUUGCAAAACGGAACGAGCUGGAGAUGCCUGGGAGUCCCUCUGGAACGGAUCUGGCCUUCGAUACCUCGCUAGAUGACAGGGAGCGGAGAAUCUCCCACUCGCUCUAUGGCGGGAUCGAAGGGUUACAGGACACCCUGAUGCCCACGGCCUCCAUGGCCGACAGGAGGAUGAUUGGUAACUACCAUCUGUCUCCCACAGUGAACAUGCCCCAGGAUGACACUGUCAUCAUAGAGGAUGAUAAACCACCUGUUCUCCCCGCUCGCCUGUCCAACCAAUCAUCAUCCAGCUCCCACGAUGACAUGGGAUUUACAACCGACGCAGCUGGUUGCUGGGAUAAAGAACUCCAGCCAAAUGAAUGCACCCUGAGCCCCGACUCUGACCCGGCGAACAGCUUCCUGAGAGAGGGAUUCGGACGUCAGAGCAUGUCGGAGAAGCGCACCAAGCAGUAUGCAGACGCCAGCCAACUGGAGUUCAUUAAAACACGCAAAUCAAAAAGCAUGGAUUUAGUAGCGGAUGAGAUUAACCUCAGCCCUCGGUCUGAGCAGAAGGAAGGUUCUCCAACCAGAGACGUGGGCCCUUCAUUAGGCCUUAAGAAGUCCAGCUCUUUGGAAAGCCUGCAGACAGCCGUCGCCGAGGUAACUCUAAACGGAGACGUUCCCUUCCACCGGCCGCGCCCGCGGAUAAUUCGAGGAAGAGGCUGCAACGAGAGUUUUCGAGCAGCAAUUGACAAGUCCUACGACAAACCCGCCGCUGAGGAGGAUGAUGAGGGAAUGGAGACUUUGGAGGAGGACACAGAGGAAAGCUCGAGGUCUGGGAGAGAGUCGGUGUCCACAGCCAGCGAACUCGCGCUGGGCACCAGCUCUGUCUCAGGCUCCAUGGAGAGACAAGUGAACGGCAGCCAGGCCAAAGUAGACAAGAAGAAGGACAAGGGUGGGAAGGAUAAAAAGAAGCAAGACCGUGACAAAGACAAGGACAAGAAUAAAUCCAAGAAGGGAGGGAUGCUGAAAGGCCUUGGAGACAUGUUCAGAUUUGGCAAACACCGUAAAGAUGAGAGAUUAGGAGACAAAAUGGAGCGCAAGGGGUCCAGUAAGAUGAACUCUGAGGAGACACUGCCAUAUGGAGAGGAGAGACUGCGAAUGAAGCUGGAGCAAGAGCGAAUUCAGGCUAAAACUCGGGAACUGCGAGAGAGGCAAGCUCGCGAGAGGGACUACGCUGAAAUCCAGGAUAUCAACAGGACGUUCGGAUCUGACGAAGACCCGACCUACGCUGGGAUCGGCUCUUACGAGUCCUCUCUGGACAGCGAGCACAACCUUUCAAUCCCCACCCGAGCGCAGAGCCCCCGAGAGGACAUGCAGCCCAUCGAGGCUGUGUACGCACAAGUGAACAAGCCUCGCAAUGGGGGACCCCCUUCUACCAGCAGCAACAGGCUGGCUCCUAGCAACCACGACCGGAUACAGAGGCUGAGACAGGAGUUCCAGCAGGCCCAGCAGGAGGACGACGGGGGCAGUCGCAGGCGCACCUACAGCUUCGAGCAGCCUUGGCCCAACGCCAGUAUGUGCACACAAAGCGGUCGUCAUUCUGUGUCCAUAGAGGUGCAGAUGCAGAGACAGCGCCAGGAGGAACGUGAGAGCUUCCAGCAAGCCCAGCGCCAGUACAGCUCACUACCACGGCAAAACCGAAAGAAUCCAAGCUCAGUGUCCCAAGAUUCUUGGGAAAAGGCCUACCCUCCCGGAGAAGGAUUUCAGAGUGCCAAGGAGAACCCGCGCUACUCCAGUUACCAGGGCUCACGGAACGGUUACCUGGGGGCAACCGGCUUCAACGCCAGGGUGCUCCUCGAAACCCAGGAGCUUCUGCGGCAGGAGCAGAGGCGCAAGGAGCAGCAGGCGAAGGCAAAGACACCCUCAGAGGGGUCAAAAAGCUAUGACUCUUACUCCAACCUCAAGGAUCCCAGCAGCAACCCAAUCAAAGGCCCCUAUAGACAGGAUGUCCCGCCUUCUCCGUCUCAGGUAGCCAGGCUUAACAGGUUGCAGACACCGGAACAGGGGCGGCCAUUUUACUCCUAAAGGAAGAGACGAUAAAAUCUGUGUACGCUGGCAAUAAUAAAAAAAAGAGUAAGAUAAAAAUAAGAACAAAGUGAAUGAACUUUUCCUUUCUUGUCUCUCCCCCCUCCCCCAUGUGGACAAUUUACAAGAGACUGCCUGUGGAAUAUGUGUGUGACCCCAUUUUUAGUGCCUUUCAGUAAUCUUGGAAUAAAGACUCGCUAGCCUUGAUAUAUGGCCCCUGUCUGCCUAUUUUAGCUUCUUUUGUCAAGGGACUCCACAGACAAUUAUGAGAGUGUCAAGGAAUGCAAAUCUAAUAAAGAGAAGUAAGGGGGGCCAUACAGACCUUGCCCUAAUCAUUGAUGUUAUCACUUUGCAUAUGUUUCCUCCAAGUUUUGCUGUUGCAGUUCCUCUGUGUACUAUAUAUAAGAAUCUAGGUAAUGCAUUACCACCCUAUACAGCAGCCAGAGAAAUCCUGCCUUACAAAUUGUCCUGAACAUAUAUUCUCAGCUUAAGCUACAAAAAUGGCCCAUGGCAUGGACAAUUUUCUCAAUUUUGGCAUGUGUUUUAAAUUUUUUUUUUUUCAGAAAACCUCACAGAGGGCUAAGAAAAAUAGGUGUUUUAUAUGCCUGGGCGUUACAGACUGACAAACAAACAUUGCUGCCAGUCUCUACUGAAUUGUUCAUUAAGUCACAAGGGAGAAAAAAAGUAUCAGCUGGUUUAUCUGAAAUCUUAGACUAACCCUCUUGUAUAACUGUUGAGCGUUACAAAAUGCUGCAGAGUGGCAUUUGAUUAUUUAGGCUGAAAUACAAUCUGUGUAAUCUGUUUAAGUGUUGUUCUUUUUACUGUCGUUAUUUAUAACAGAAGUGAAAAGAGUAAGGAAGAUAAUCAUGUUUAACUGACAUCGUUGUAACAUAGAUGAAUCCUCUUGAGGAGGAAAACAAAAACAAAAAAAAAACUGUAAUGUGAGUGUUCCCAUGUCUAUGAAUUUUAUGUUGGCAAAGAGAUUAAACAUUUGGACUUAACGGUAGCCACAGGAAAUGAGUCGGGCUGAACACAUAAAAGGGAAGAUUGAUUGUUUUCUUGAUGUUUUUUCAAUAAGUAUUCCACUGUGUGUGUGAUGAGGAAUUUGCAUGGUGUUUGGUACUUCCAUAUUUUUUGUCUUUUCUAUUGCAGCGCCAUGUGAGUGAAGAAAACUCUGUGCCCUUUGUUUCUGCAUACUGCGCAAGGCAGGCGUGGACAGUCAAAACUUGCAUUUGCAAAUAAGAAUACACAUGGAAGACAGCGAGUGGUUCACCUGUGAUAUUAAUGUGCAGCUGGGGGACUGAGAGAAUUCUGUCUCCUCAGCUGUUUCAGUGUUUUCUUUCAUAUUUCAUGUGCUGAAUGCAGGACUGGUUAAGUGCCUGAGAAACCAGAUGUGAACACAGCAUACGUUUAAGUCCAAAAUAAUUAUAUCAUAAUUGUAAUUAUAUCGUACUAUUUUUUUUUUUUUUUUGGUGCAUAAGUUACCAGUGUCUUUUUAUUCCUGUUUGUCAUUGCCUUUAGUAAUUAUGUACUACAAUGUUUAAAAUACAAACUAAACACCUAUUACUAAUGUAAGCACAGUGCAAUUGGUUUAUAAACUUUGACAUGAUAUAUGAAGAGCAGCAUACAGCCGCUUUUCCUGUACAGAUCGAAUUUAAAAUAAAAAAAGGCUGUUUCAUUCUGUUUGCAAUAAUCGCUGCUGUAUGUACUCUAUUUUUUGCAAUGAGCAAUUGAGCUAACCAUUUCUAAAGCAGAUAUAAUUGUAAUAUACUUUUACAAAAGGAUCUGGGCUAUAUGGCAUGGUAUGUGAAGUCAGUAUUAAAAAUAUGCCUUUGACAAGAGAUUUAUUUUCUUUGUGUAGGAAUUCUUUCUUCAGGCUUUAAACCCUAUCAUUUUCUUUGAAUUGACUUUCUCAAGAUGAGGCCCAUUCCUUAUUAUGUUUCCUUUUGUAAGAACUAAUUCUGCUGAAGUGAAGCCCCAGAACAAUUAUCUUGGUAGGAAAUGAGCGGGGGGGGGAGUCGGACGGACUUGAAGUCAGGGAAUACAGAGCAUUUU